CCGAGCCUUCUGGCAGGCGACGGCGCGCGGGAUCGUCGCCGAGGCCGCUCGCGGCGACGCAAAGGAGGCGGCGUUCCUGUCCGCGCUGAAGCACUACAAGACGGCCGAGAACUGGGGGCAGGCCAGCAUGCUCCUCCGGCAGCACGGCGGCGCCCUCGCCCCUCUCCCUCCCGGCUCGGCAACCCGCUGGCUGGUGCUUCGCGGCGAGGCGCUGCUCGCUCUCGGCAACCGCGCGGAGGCGACUGCCAGCCGGCGCCGCCUGCUCGGGGGCGGCCGCCGCAAGUCGGGCGGCGCGCGCCAGUCGCAGGCAGCCCCUCCCAGCAAGCGGGGGUCGGCGACGAGGUCACCGCCGCCGGUGCGGGCGGGCUGUCCCUCCCCCGUGCCGCGCGAGGCGCAGGGUCGCGAGGCGCGAGGCCGCGCUCCCGACGCGUACCACAAGCCGUCGUCUCGCUCGACGGACCCGGCCGACCAGAGCUACCGCGCGUGCGACAUGCGGCCGACGGACCGCGCGUCCGUGGUCAUCGCGGCGGGCGGGUGGCUGCAGUGCGAGGCGGAGCUGCGGCACGGCCUGAGCGCGUACGCGAUGCUCUUCUUUGCCCAGCUCGAGUCCGCGGCGGAGUCGGGCAGCCAGGCGGCGGCAGAGGCCCUCUCGGUGACCGCCGUCGAGUCGCGGCUCCCGCUCGCGACGCAGGCGGCCGCGCUGCUGCCCGAGUGCGCGGAGCGCCUCCUCGGCUACGCGUGCGCCCUGAUCGCGAUGGGCCUCUGCGCGAGCGGCAACCGCGCCGGAUCGGGGGGAGGCGGAGGCGGCGCGGGAGGGAUGAUGCCGGCCGCGCUCGGCGGCGGCGGCCUCGGAGGCGGCCGGAUGAGCGUCGGCGGCGCGCGGGGCGGCGCGGCGCGCUCUCGCCCGUCCAUGUCUGUGCUGCGCUCCAGCCUCGCGGCGCUGCACGAGGCGGUCGAGGCCUUCGUCGAGACGUCGCCCGUCGCCAGCAGGCAGGUGGCGGGCGCGCUCUUCGCACCGCCUCCAGACGCAGCAGGGGCGCAGUGCGGGAGCGGCGGCGGCGGCGGGCUGGCGGCGGGCGCCUCGCCGCCAGCGACGCGCGCGACGGGGUCAAUGGAGGAGGGGAGCAUGGAGCUCGCCGCACCCUCCUUCCUCGCCAAGCUCUGCCUCGCGCUCGGCCUCUCGCCGCUCUCGAGCGAGGCGGACGCCGCGAUGUGGUUCCGGCAGGCGUCGGCGCUGUCGGCCGAGGCCGACCACUCGCAGCUGCACCGCAUGAUUCUGAUGCUCUCGGUGGACGUGCCGCUCUCCGCCACGCUGUGAGGUCGGCUAAAGACCUGGCUGCUCCUCUAUCGCAGCGAGCGCGACCGCUCUUCGUUUGAAGGCUCGAUUUGCUCAUCUCGCUUGAGACGCUCUCUGACUCGCACACCGGCCUGGGUCGUAUGAGCGGGAGCGGACAGCGGAGGCGUGGGGUGGGGUUUGACGAUUGAUCAUUGUGUGCUUCCGCGUCACUACUGGC